AUGCAAGCCCAAGGGUCGAACCAGCUUCCAGCCCAAACAGUUGUCAAUCCAAGGGAUUCUAAUACUAAUGUUCCUAAGUAUGCAAAGUUUCUGAAGGAUUUGUGUACAAAUAAGAGGAGGAUUAAAGGAAGUGAGAGAGUUAACUUGGGAAGAAAUAUUUCUGCUUUUAUUCAGCCCAAGCCUUCAUCUGAAAAAGUUACAGGCGAGAAAAAUGUUUCAGCCAUCACUCAACUCUUGCCACAAAAGCAGAAGGAUCCGGGAACUUUUACUGUCCCUUGUACCAUCGGGGAUAGUAAAUUCGAGAAUUGCAUGCUUGAUUUGGGAGCGGGCAUUAGUGUUAUACCUACUUCUAUUUAUAAUAACCUUAAUCUUGGUCCUUUGCAGCAUACAGGUUUGAUCGUCCAAUUGACGAACAAGAGCAAUGCACGCCUGACUAGCGUAGUGGAAGAUGUCCUUGUCCAAAUUGAUGCUGCCUUGCAGCCUGAUACAUUUCCUAUAGGUGAAGUUGUUGCCGAUGAAGCUGUUUUUGGAGUUGAUGCUCUUGACAUCCCGGCUGCCCCAAGCAUUCCAAAGAUCGAGCAACCCCCGUCUUUAGAGCUGAAACAACUCCCUGAAAACCUGAAAUACGCUUAUUUGGAGACUAAUGAAAAACUCCUUGUUAUUAUUUAUUCUAACCUUGAUUUUGAUCAGGAAGAAAAGCUUAUGCAGGUUUUAAAGAAGCACAAGAAGGCAAUCGGGUGGACAUUAGCCGACCUCCCAGGUAUUAGUCCGUCGAUGUGCAUGCACAUGAUAUUACUUGAGGACGGAGCGAAAAUAGUAAGGCAGCCCCAAAGGAGGCUUAAUCCUUUGAUUCUUGAUGUUGUGAAGAAGGAGGUAACCAAACUCUUGCAAGCAGGUGUCAUUUAUCCUAUCUCUGACAGUAAAUGGGUAAGCCCAGUGCAGGAUGUACCUAAGAAAUCAGGACUCACAAUGGUAAAAAAUGAAAAGAAUGAACUUGUUCCCACUAAAGUUCAGAACAACUUGAGAGUUUGGAAUUGUAUUGGGUCAUAUAAUUUUAGAAAAAGUUCUGUUGACCUUGCUAAAAUAGAUGUGAUUUCUACACUGCCUUACCCUUCUUGCAUUCGCAAGAUUCGUUCUUUUCUUGGCCAUGCAGGUUUUUACAGGCGUUUCAUCAAGGAUUUCAGCAAGAUAGCUCUUCCACUAUUAAACUUGUUAAAGAAUGAUGUCACUUUCAACUUUGAUGACAAAUGCAAACAAGCGUUUGACUUCUUGAAGAAAGCAUUGACCUCCGCUCCUAUAAUCCAGCCACCGGACUGGACCCUCCCUUUUGAGAUUAUGUGUGAUGCGUCUAAUUAUGCUGUUGGGGUUGUCCUUGAACAAAGGGUUGACAGGGCUGCCCAUGUUGUUUACUAUGCUUCUAGAACUUUAGAUUCUGCACAGUCAAAUUACACUACUAUAGAUCUCUUCAUGCUGAUAAUCCUGAUGCUUUUAGAAUUCGAAAUGGUUGAGUAUUGA